AUGUGUCUCAGUACUUCUGCCUCUAUGUGUCUCAGUACCUCUGCCGAUAUGUGUCUCAGUACCUCUGCCGAUAUGUGUCUCAGUACCUCUGCCGAUAUGUGUCUCAGUACCUCUGCCUCUAUGUGUCUCAGUCCCUCUGCCGCUAUGUGUCUGAGUCCUGCUGCCGCUAUGUGUCUCAGUAUUUCUGCCGCUAUGUGUCUCAGUACUUCUGCCGCUAUGUGUCUCAGUACCUCUGCCGCUAUGUGUCUCAGUACCUCUGCCGCUAUGUGUCUCAGUACUUCUGCUGCUAUGAGUCUCAUUACUUCUGCUGCUAUGUGUCUCAGUACUUCUGCUGAUAUGUGUCUCAGUACCUCUGCCGCUAUGUGUCUCAGUACCUCUGCCGCUAUGUGUCUCAGUACCUCUGCCGCUAUGUGUCUCAGUACUUCUGCCGCUAUGAGUCUCAUUACUUCUGCUGCUAUGUGUCUCAGUACCUCUGCCGCUAUGUGUCUCAGUACCUCUGCCGCUAUGUGUCUCAGUAUUUCUCCCGCUAUGUGUCUCAGUACUUCUGCUGAUAUGUGUCUCAGUACCUCUGCCGCUAUGUGUCUCAGUACCUCUGCCGCUAUGUGUCUCAGUACUUCUGCUGCUAUGUGUCUCAGUACUUCUGCCGCUAUGGGUCUCAGUAUUUCUGCCGCUAUAUGUCUCACUACUUCUGGCGCUAUGUGUCUCAGUACUUCUGCCGCUAUGUGUCUCAGUAUUUCUGCCGCUAUAUGUCUCACUACUUCUGGUGCUAUGUGUCUCAGUACUUCUGCCGCUAUGUGUCUCAGUACUUCUGCUGCUAUGUGUCUCAGUACCUCAACGCUAUGUGUCUCAGUGAUGAAUAUUAUGUUGUUCCCAAAGACAUCUUUAUUCCUUUUUUUCUAG